GCCUCUGUUUAAGAUGACCGCCCAGUCCCAGGCCAUUUCUACCUUGUCGACGGGCGAGUACAACUACCUGCGUGAUUACUACUCCAAUAAUCGGGAUGCACUUGGAUUCCUCAGCAAUUAUGAGGCCAUAGACAUUACAAAGAUUUCGCUCAAUGGAAAGUCAACAUCAGUUUGGGGCAUAAGUCCUCCAAGUCAGGAGGAGUUAAUCAGCACCCUCAGACGUAAUACCAGUAGUGACAUAGAGUUCUACGUCAGCUUCACCAG